AUGAGGUGUGGAGACAAUGGAGAGAGGCGCAAGAUACAUGAAGAACGAAUUAGCGCUGCUAAUUCGAUCGUGAUUCUUCUGUUAGAAAUAACCUACUUCUUUAAUCAAAAGAUUGUCGUGAAUUUUUACAAGAAUUCGAUCGGUGCCCACUCUAGGAUUGAGAUUCGUGGUGACAGCCUCAGCGAAUUGUUGGCAAGCGACUUGAACGGAAUGAAAAAAGGUGUUCCAACUCCUCUAAAUGGAGAAGUUCACUAUCCACUUGCGAUAGUUCUAUACUCACCAGGAAUAUUUAUAGCUGUGGUUUCUGCUGCUCUAAUAGCUUUUUCCACUUUCUUUUCUUUUCGCAAUAAUAUCUCAUGGAAUCGGAACUCAGAUAACGCCACAAGAUUUCUGAUGAUGAACAGUGAGAUGAUUCGUAAUGGGACGUAUAUAUACACUGAGAACAGUACAUAUGGAGUGAUCAGCACUAGCGUUAUAGAUCCUUGGCUAGAGCGUAUGGAGAAUGGGAUGAAUCGUUAUAACUUUGGAAGAACUUUCAAUAAUUUUUGUUGGAAACGUCAGGACACUGCCACUGAUCAAUUUCCUUCGAUCUUCCGCGCCAGUCAGCUGUUUGCCACAGUGCAGGUCCCACUUCGAGCAGUUUUCCUCAUGAGCAUCACCUACCGAUGUUUUUUGUUGUACGCAACGUUGUACAACCGAUCACUACGAAGACCUGGGCUUCUAAUGAAAUCAUCUGCGUUGUUGAUGUCGAUCCACGAACUGCUACAUAUUUUUGCUCUAUUUAUUGUGUUUUCGUUCCACGUUUGGCAAGAUAGUAAUUAUCCUCGUACUUUGAAUGUUGCCAUCACUACAGUACUGGUUUCCUUUAUCAUAAAAAUGUCUUCACUUAUCCUUCUCAAGGGCAGAAGCAUUGUCAGCCUUAUACGAAUCAUCUUCUUAAUAGCGACAUUGUUAAUAUGUCCGAUCAUGACGAAAAACGUUUGGAGUUACACGGAUCGUGUGAUGUGUGAUCAAAUGGUCCCUUUAUCAACUGCGUUCGCCGAGUAUGCAUUUCUUAUGAUGGAGUUCGCCAGCUAUUUAUUGGAUAUUAAUGACUCUAAAACUGUAGCAAUAGUUUCUCAUUGUAAUAUUGAAGAUUUCAAAACAUAUGACGCAACAUUUUAA